AUGCGCCGGGGUGCCGGUGCCUUGCUGCUUCUCCUGCUCGUGUCCUCGGGACCGGGUAACACCGCCAGCCUGCCCGGCCAGAGCCAACAGAUACGGUCCAAGGCACUUAAGAGGUUGUUGGAGGUGUUCGGGAUGGAAGAUGCGCCGCCGUCGCCUCAUAAGGUACGCCAACCUCCCCAGUACAUGCUGGACCUGUACAACACGGUGGCAGAUGCGGACGGGGUGACCAAAGAGCCCGACCUGCUGGUGGGAAACACGGUGCGCAGCUUCCUGGAUAGAGGUGAGACACGUAAUCAGCAGUUCAUGUUCUUCUUCAACCUGUCCAGCGUGGCCAAGAGCGAGACGAUCUUGACCGCCGAGCUGCAUCUCUUCAAACUGCGGGGUCGCCCGUCCCAGGAUCCCGGGCAGCAUAAGCACCACCUUUGUCAGGUUAGUGUCUACCAGAUAUUGGACAAUAGCACGUCAACAGUAAAAGGGAAAAGAUUAUUGUCAACCAGAGUACUUCCAGUCCAUGACAGCACAUGGGAGGUCUUCACAAUCACUAAUGCUGUAUAUGACUGGAUACGGGAUAAAGAUAGCAACAAAGGCUUGCUUGUCAGUGUGCAGGGCCUGGCUGGAGAGCAACUCAAUAACUACAUCCACUUUGCCACUGGGAGAGACCAUCACAGUAGCAAAAAGCCAAUGGUGGUUCUCUUUACAGACGAUGAAAGGAGAGGGACUGCCACCUCCAGUUCUUCAAUAGAGACUCCAUUUCUCUCGGAAGUGACACUUCACGAUAAAGCAAGCCAGAGUCGCAACACAAGAUCCUUGAAUUUGCAAGGCUGCCAGAGGUAUCCUCUUUAUGUGGAUUUUGAAGAGAUUGGCUGGUCUGGUUGGAUCAUCUCCCCUCGGGGUUACAACGCUUACCACUGCAAAGGAGCAUGCAUUUUCCCACUGGGGCAAAAUAUGAGACCUACCAACCACGCCACCGUCCAAUCCAUUAUAAAUGCCCUUAAGCUAACUAAUGGUGUUGCAACUCCCUGCUGCAUCCCCGACAAACUCUUCUCCAUCAACCUGCUGUACUUUGAUGAUGAUGAAAAUGUGGUCCUAAAACAGUACGAUGAUAUGGUUGCUGGCAGUUGUGGAUGUCAUUAGUUCAUUGACUUCUUCAAGCACCACCUAACUGCACCAGUUAGAAAAUCAUGACUGUCAGGCAGAGAACAUAUGUGAUUUUUUUAUGGAGUUAGUAUGUGUGGAAGUGGGGAAAAAAGCAUCUUCAAAAGAUCUGCAAGAUUUUAAAACCACAAUUAAGUAAGUAAACUGCUUGUCCAAGUGAUUGACACUUUUUUUUACAAAAGUCAUUCCACAAGCUGUGGUACUGCACAGCAGACAAUUGUAUGAUAUGUUUAUAUGUUUAAAUAUACAGAUGUAUUAAUAUAUGCAGAAUUGUGAAAAGUAUUGUGAGUUGAUAGUGUAUAAUUUUAAACAAUCUAAUAAAUAUAAAUGGAUUCUACAGAGUAAUAAACACAACA